AUAUUUUGUCUAUGCUGAGAUUUAUUUUGGUGAAUCGUCUGUCGUGUCGCGGGUUUUCGCGUGGUUUAUUAUUUCAUUAAAUUUUACUACAUAAACUUUAUUAAUAUGUGCCCUUGCAUUGCUGUGAAUUAAGUUCCAGAGCUAUAAACAAAUUGACUGUAUGGUCUGGAAGUAGGUAGUGAAAUUACGAGGCAUACAUCAACAACGUAGGUAAUCAUGGCGGAUCCAUUGAGUUUGCUUCGGCAAUAUAACGUAAAUAAAAAGGAGAUAAUUGAACGUGAUAAUCAGAUUAUAUUUGGCGAGUUUUCCUGGCCGAAAAAUGUUAAAACAAACUAUCUCAUGUGGGGGUCUGGAAAGGAUGCCUCACACGUUAAAGAAUAUUACACCCUUGAAUGUCUUCUGUUUAUUCUUAAAAACAUACAAUUAACGCAUCCCGUGUAUGUGCGACAAGCAGCUGCAGCUAAUAUUCCUGCUGUACGCCGUCCAGAUCGUAAAGAGCUAUUGGCAUACUUGAAUGGAGAAACUGCCACCUGUGCUUCAAUUGACAAAAGUGCACCCUUGGAAAUACCAACACAGGUUAAACGUACGCAUGACAAUGAUAGUGGAGAAUCUGCAGCUAAAAAACCUCGAAUUGAAGAAACUCAUGUGCAGAAAGUACGAGAGCAACUUGCAGCUCGUCUUGAUGCUCCUAAAGAGGCAUCCCUCACGGUUGAUAACAUUAAGUCACUAUCAGAUGCUAUGUCAGUGGAGAAAAUUGCUGCAAUUAAGGCAAAACGUUUAGCUAAAAAGAGGACAACUAUAAAAAGUAAUGAUUAUACAGACAACUUAGUGGUUGGAUCUGAUUUGCGAGCGAUCCUCGAUUAUGAUGUGGAUUUGACCAAAGAUAUUAUCAGCCGAGAGAGACAGUGGAGAACAAGGACAACAGUAUUACAAAGUAAUGGAAAGACUUUUUCCAAGAGCAUUGUAGCUUUAUUGACCAGUAUAAAAGCUCGAGAGGAAGGCAGACCUGGGAUCCCACGGCCUCCACCAGUUGUUAUGCCUCAACCAACAAUUUUACCUGCACAACAAACUCAGUACAACAGAUACGAUCAGGAAAGAUUUAAUAGGCAAAAAGAGGAAACUGAGGGCUUCAAAAUCGACACUAUGGGCACAUACCAUGGAAUGACACUAAAGUCGGUGUUGGUUCCCGAAGGGCCCACCAGCGUACCCGUCGCGGCUCGCGCACCCCAGACACCUAAUCAUCCACGACAGAUGCCACGAAACGGUCCGAUGUCGAGCAGCACGCCGGGGCGGCGGGAGCUGCUGCCGGUGGCGGCGGCGCGGCCGCCGGCGGGCGGCGGCAAGCGGCCCUCGCGCACGCCCAUCAUCAUCAUACCCGCCGCCGCCACCUCGCUCAUAUCCAUGUUCAACGUCAAAGAUAUGCUGCAGGAUCUCAAAUUCGUGCCCGUGGAGCAAAAGAAAGCAGAAGGCUCAGUACGUGAGAACGAAGUGUUGCUUCAGAGGAGGAAGGGUGCUGCCGCUGAUCAAAUACCCAAUAAUGCGACCACUACUACGGUGCCGUACCGUGUAGUGGACAACCCAGCUAGGCUGUCAGCAGCCGAAUGGGACCGAGUUGUAGCUGUUUUCGUUCAAGGCCCGGCUUGGCAAUUCAAGGGGUGGCCAUGGGAUGGGAAUCCCGUCCAAAUCUUUGCUAAUAUAUGCGCGUUCCACCUGAAGUACGACGAGAUGAAGCUGGACGCGAACGUGGCGCGGUGGGCGGUGACCGUGCUCAACCUCAGCCGCACCAAGCGGCAUCUCGACCGCGCCGUGCUUCUCGGCUUCUGGGAGACUUUAGACAAACACAUGAUGAAGAAUAAACCACAUCUUAGGUUUUAAGUUUGUUGUAGCUUUAUAAAUUUUAUCCUAUAGAAUAUGAAUACAUGUGAAUAUCUAAAAUGCCUUCAAAGCAAAAUGAAUCUAAGUCAAUUCAUGCCAUUUAAGGAACAUUUUGGCUUAUCUUUCAGCGCCCAAUGCAUUUUACAUGAAAAUGAAAUAACUACACUAUAUAACUAAAUACGUUCUGUAUUUACUUAUUUUUAAUUUGUAUAUAAUUUAUAAAUGCCUGCCUCUCUAGGUUUAGAUUGAGGAGUCCCUUUUACAUUGACAUAACUUGGGAUGCAUUCUAAUACAAAUUCCUAAAUUUUAGAUACAAAAACAUUUGAGUUAUAAAGGAUUGUCAGUUUCCUUUAAAAAAAUCUAAAGUGGUUCCUCAAUUUAAAUGUACAUGUUUUUACAUGUUUUAAAAUUAUCGCAUUCAUAGAAGAAAAACAACCUCAUGUAAAGCCAAACAUUUAUUGUUCAAACUACCUAUGUUUUGACUUAUCUAACUUUUCGAUAUUUGACAUUGAAAUUUAACUAUAAUAAGUUUAACAUGUGUAUUAAUUUUUUCAUAAAUACGAGGUAAUAUUCGUUUUAGACAUUAGACAAGUUGUUUGUAAAUAGUUGUUUAAGUUGACCUUUUAUUGCCUAAUUGCCCUCUUCCAAAAUUUUAGUUUCAGCUGCAUGUAGGUAUUAUAAAUAUUGCUAAUAGGCAAUAGUUCAAUGACUUAUCGGAGUGUAAAACCUUUAUAUACUGUUGUAAUUGUGCAAUAUAUUUAUAAUUAAGUUGAUCGAAGGUUGCAAUUUGAUUCCAGCGCGUCAAAAUUUAAUUAAGAACUCUAAUUUUAUUAAUUUAGACUGAUAUUAUAUCACAGUUAUUAUUUUAAAAAACAUAUUUUUGACGUACGUUGUUUAGAGACAUUGAAGGAAUAUCCUCAUUAUACAAUUUAUAAGGCUUAUACAUAGACACACUUGCUUUUGUUUCUCGAAUCUAGUACUUUCUUUAUUCGUCUGAUAUUUAUAGAUUGAAUUGAUGAUGCCAAAAUACUUUAAAUGGUAUUGAACUGUUCAAAGAUCUGUGAUCUUUGUUUGUGACAACAAUAAAUUGUUGACCAUA